AUGUACCAUGAACAUCAUACCUCCAAACUCUAUACUGCGACACCCUUAGGGCAAAUCAUGGCACAACGAGUCUGGACUAGCUUCAACACGAUCAAUUCGAACCGCAAGAAGGAUCCUUCCGAGAAGAAGCUCAUCUUGGACGACAAGAACCAGAUCUCCGAGAAGGCACAAGAGGAAUGGGAUGUCAAAGGACAGUGGAUGCUCAUCGACGCCACACAGGCUAUCCGUUGGGCUUGGAUACUGCUCAAGUAUGACUCUGAGACCGCCAUCAACAAGUACGUCGAUUGGUUCCACGGACUGAUACGAAAGAAUGCACAACGGACGAAGAUACCGGACGUCCUCUCCCUCUACUGCAUCGACAACCUGGACACAAUGGCCAUCACCAUCUACGUCGUGGCAAUCCCCACAACCUACGUGGACUUGGCCGCCAACGCCACCAGCAUGGCCUACGCCUACUCAUACAACACAGCCUACGCCCACACCGACUCCAAUGGAAAUGAGAAGGGCGGAAAGAACAAGGGCAAGAAGGGCAAGUUUGGCAAGGGUGGCAAGAAAUAG